GCGCUAGAUUAUUUCUCUUGCUCCUUAAAAGUUUGCUUUCCGAAAAGUACACAAUCACUUCUCUCUGUUGUGAAUAUAACCAAGCUUUGUCCUCACAAAGAUCCUGUCUCAUUUCUCUUCUAAAUCUUCAAAUCUCUGUGUGUGGUUAAGUAGAUGGAGCUGGCUAUCAUGGAGGUUCAAAACCAAGAGUACCCCAACACAGACCAAGUGGUUCUAUUCAUAGAUCAACCAGACUCCAAACUCAAAAUGUCGUCGCCACCACCACAGCAAGAACAUUCCAAACUCAAACAGUCACCAUCACCACAGCAACCAGACAUUAAAGACCCUAAAUUAACCCAAGCAAGAACAAAAACCCUCCGCCGUCUCAACUUCUCCAAACCCAAAUCUCGUUUCACUGAAACUAACUACCCUCCCCAUUCCAAAACCUUCCCUGAAUCCGAAGAAUACCAACCCUUAAACCCUCCAGAAAGCGCUACCUCCACAGAUGAAGACGAUGACGAAGAAUGGUUUGAAAAUGAAGAAGAAGAAGUUGAUGCUGGAGAGGCCAAAAAACAUUCCAAGUAUCGAGCGAAAAGGAAAAGAAAGAUAAAAAAGAGAGCCGUGAUUGAGUUCAUAUUGUUUCUCAUAAUCAUGACCUGCUUAAUUCUCUCUUUAACCGUUGAAUCCCUCAGAAACAAGGUCCUUUGGGGUCUAGUUUUAUGGAAAUGGUGCCUUAUGGUCCUGGUUCUCUUCUGUGGCCGCCUUGUGUCGGUUUGGGUUGUAGGUUUUCUUGGUUUUCUCAUAGAACGCAAUUUCAUGCUCAGAGAAAAGGUACUCUACUUUGUUUUUGGUUUGCGCAAGAGUUUUCAACAUUGUGCAUGGCUAGGAUUGGUUCUACUUGCAUGGAUGAGUAUGUUCCAUGAUGCCCACAAACGCAACAAGACCUUGAAGAGGACUUUCCGUGUUCUAAUUGCUGUCUUUGUUGGAGCUACCAUAUGGUUACUAAAGAUUUUACUUGUCAAGGUUCUUGCUUCAUCUUUCCAUGUUGCUACUUUCUUUGACCGCAUGAAAGAAAGCGUCUUCCACCACUACAUUCUCGUUACACUCUCCGGGCCACCAUUAGAUGAGAAUGAGAGGGAAACUCCUCGCCGGCUGACGCCAAGGCAUUCGAAGGCAUUGCCUGCGAAACAGAGAGAGAGGGCCUCACAAGACAUGCCUAUAUCAAAAUCCAAGAGGUACGAGUCGAGGAGAAUCGAUAUGGAGAGGCUGAGGAAGUUAAGUAUGAUGACUAGGGCAACUGCUUGGAGUGUGAAGAGGUUGGGGAGUUACAUUAAGUCAUCGGGAUUGUCGACGGUUUCGAGGACGGUUGAUGAUUUUAGUAAUGCAGAAUCGGAGAUCAACAGUGAAUGGGAGGCUAGAUGCAGUGCUCAAAGGAGUUUCAAGAAUGUCGCCAAACCUGGUGCCAAGUAUAUUGAAGAGGAAGAUCUACUAAAGUUUUUAAAGACCGUAGAGGUUCAUUCCAUAUUUCCUCUCUUUGAAGGCGCUGUUGAGACUGGAAAAAUCACAAAAUCAUCUUUCAGAAAUUGGGUGGUGCAUGCCUAUGUUGAGAGGAAAGCAUUGGCACAUUCCUUGAAUGAUACCAAGACUGCUAUCCAGCAACUUCACAGGUUAGCAAGUGCAAUAAUGACUCUAAUUAUAAUUGUGAUCUCCCUUUUGGUGACGGGAUUGGCGACAACCAAGGUUUUAUUUGUUUUCACUUCUCAACUGCUACUCGUGGGGUUCAUGUUCCAAAACACUUGCAAAAGCAUCUUUGAGUCCAUCAUCUUCGUCUUUGUCAUGCAUCCUUUUGAUGUUGGCGAUCGUUGUGUUGUCGAUGGCGUCCAGAUGGUUGUGGAAGAGAUGAACAUUUUGACAACUGUGUUCUUACGGUAUGAUUCGGAGAAGAUAUAUUAUCCCAAUUCUGUUCUUCUUACAAAGCCUAUCAGUAAUUUCAGAAGAAGUCCAGACAUGGGGGAUGGUAUUGACAUUACCAUUGAUGUCUCCACUUCUGUUGAUGACUUCAAUGCUCUCAAGAAAGCUAUACAAAUAUACAUUGAAAGCAAACCAAAGCAUUGGAACCCAAAGCACACAUUGAUGGUGUGCGAGAUAGAGAAUGGGAAAGAUUUGAAGCUUACUCUAUGUGUUCAACACACCAUGAACCAUCAAAACUACGGGGAAAAGAGCAAUCGAAGAUCAGAUCUUGUUUUUGAACUAAAGAAGAUUUUUGACAAGCUUGGCAUUAAGUACCAUCUCCUUCCACAACAAGUGCAUCUUACGCAUGUAAAUACGAUCAGCAAUGGGGGAAUGUCGAGGCAAUCUUGAUACAAAUGCAUUUAUUUGGAGUGCAAAAAGAAAAUUAUCACUAUGUAUCCUCACACCUGAAGGAUCGUUAAUUCAAUAUGGCUAUACCGUCUAUUCUCUUGCAUAUGUUUUCUUUUCCUUUUAUAACUUCUUUUUAACUUAAAUUACAGCCAGAACUAACAAUGGAUGAACAAUAAAAUAAAAAUUAUUGAAGCAUUAUGAUUGACUAUAA